UUCUGCGGGCUAGGAGGCCUUUGAAUACGCUACAUUUCAGAAGGGUCUGAAAACUUUGCUUAAUAUUUCGUUUUACCUGAAAUUUGAUAACAAUUAUAUAACUUGUGAAAAUUUUGAGCCAAGCUUAAGAAUCUUUUCAAGCUACCCGCCGUUAAGAAGCUCACCCAAUUGCCGCACUCAAACGACUUGAAGACUCUUAUAUGCCCCAAUCGCAGCGCAGCGCCAGCGGCGAGGGUUACUGUAAAAUGGAAACUGUUUUUGUGUGUUGUUGUCGAGCGUGAAGUGUGCAAUUAGACAACCGAUUUUGUUUAAAUGUGUCGAGAAAAGGAACACUGCAAGAACGGCGAAGGCGAGCGAAUCGAUUUUGAAACAAAAACAAGCUACGCAGCUAAAUUCUAAGUCGAUUGGAAAUUCGGAAAUUGGGAAAUUCGAAAGGUGGUCCCCCAUCUGAUGUAUAUAUACAUAUAAGAGAGCGUGCAAAAACAGAAACCCAAACAACAGAAAAGAAGAGACCAGUGGCGGGGUUGGAAAAACGCAGCGCUCUAAGCUACAAGUAUUUUAGCCAGUUUUCCACGACAGCUGGGAAAAGGCGGUGAAAUUGCGACUUUCGGCGGCCCAAAGAGCUCAGCUGCAGGAAUAAGCUGACGCGAAACCUUGAGACACACACCGAUUCUCACGAACACGCGCACUCUCACUCACAGAGGAGCCAACACUCACACACGCUCAGGCGCAGGAGCAUCAGGAAGUGCAGACACCAUGAGUUCGCAAUAUUCGAAUGUGGAGAACCUGUCGCCGCAGACAAUUCGGCAGGUGAUGAGGGAGCUACAGGAGAUGGAGACCACGCCGCCGGAGGGCAUCAAGGUGCUAAUCAACGAAAGCGACGUAACGGACAUACAGGCGCUAAUAGACGGACCUGCUGGAACUCCGUACGCCGCAGGUGUUUUUCGUGUUAAGUUAACGCUGAACAAGGACUUCCCGCAGACGCCACCGAAGGCGUACUUCCUCACCAAGAUCUUUCACCCAAAUGUGGCCGGCAACGGGGAAAUCUGCGUGAACACACUGAAGAAGGACUGGAAGCCGGACCUAGGCAUCAAGCACAUUCUGCUCACCAUCAAAUGCCUGCUGAUCGUCCCAAAUCCUGAAUCGGCGCUAAACGAGGAAGCCGGCAAGAUGCUGUUGGAGCGUUACGACGACUACUCGCAGCGGGCGCGCAUGAUGACUGAGAUCCAUGCCCAGCCUGUAAAGUGCGGUGCAGGCCCUGCUGGCGAUGCCAAAGACGACGACGGACCCUCGACAAAGAAGCACGCGGGACUGGACAAGAAGCUGCAGGAUAAGAAGAAGGAGAAGUUGCUUAAGGAGAAGAAGCGUAUGCUAAAGAGAUUAUGAGAGGCAUAAGGCGAAGUUCCAUGGACUAGCUAAUCAACCAGAAGCAGUAAGCAGUAAACAGCAGGAAAUAGCAGAUACGAAAGGAAGGAUGGAUGUUAAAGAAAGGAUAAGUGCGAGCGUUAACCCCAGAACCACUUGAAAGGCUGCAGGAUCAAAGCUAGCAUAGUGGACAUUAAGGAACAGGCGCGCUAUGAAAUUUUACACUGAUCUGAUUAAAAAAAAGAAAGAAAAUUAAGCAACGGAAGUUAAAGCUGCAAAAUUUCGGUAGAACGAGAGACAGACAAAACCACUCCAAAGAAAAGUGCAUCCAGUUACCAUAUACGAUUAUUUAAAUCACAUUUUUUGGUGACAGCACCUGUCAACCGAGCCUAGAAAGUAGAAAAAACAUACAAACAAACAAAAACCAAGAAAAAUGGGGAAAGCAACCAUCUCCUAAUAAUUUAUGUAGUUCUCUUUUCUUAACGCUCAUGAGAUAUCCUAGAAUAAUUUAUGUAACUAGAUUAACGAAGAAAAAUGAGAACAUCAUCGCCUCAUAAAUGCCACACCCCAGCACCCUGCCCAAAUCUCUCUUAAAAGAAUCACCACUUAACCUUAUUGAGCACUAUUUGUCUUUUUGGGGUUCGUCCUUAUAACUGGGUAUACUCCCCUGUAAUCAAUUUUCCAGAACAACUGUGUAUUACUAAGAAUUCGAUUGCGCAAUGUAUGAACGCUCCCUACAACUUAAGUUUAUCCCCUUAAUAAUUGUGUUUUUUAAAAUUGUAUCCAUUAAGUUUAAAAAUUAAUACAUUUUAUUCGUUACAUUCAAUUGUCCUGCUUAGGUUUACUAUACAAAAAGAAAGCAACCACGCACCCAACAAACAAUCACAAAGAAAUACAAACAAUUGAUGAAAAACUGUAAA